UCUUCUCAUUACUAUCCCCAACACCAAGUUUAAUUAUUAAUUCUUUCUAUUCUUUAACUAGUGGUAGCAUAGAUAACAUUACAUUACACCAUGGCCACAACUCUUUCACUUUCCUUCCCCUUAGACCCCCAAAACCGCUUCAACAUCUCCAAAACGACACGCCGUUUCUCUCUCUCAUCCCUUCCCUACCACAAAUUCCCAAUUCCAAAUCCCCACUUCAAAAUCUCCUCUUCUUCUCAUUCCCAAUCCCAAUCUUCUUCCUCAACAUCCCUAAACGACACCUUUUUCCUACCAGGUCGAUUCCUCACACACGACGAACUCAACAGACUCAACUUCCUCGAAUCAUUCCUCUACUCACAACAACUCCAAUCCGGUACAGUUUGGGUUCGAGUCAUGAGAGAUCACGAAGUGGACCCCAUCGUAUGUUUACUCGCUGAUUCCUUCGCUGAAUCGAUGAUGUUUCCAAAAGGUUACAUCAACGUGUUGAGGUUUCUUGUGAAACAGUAUUUGAUUGAACGAAGGACGUUGAUGCCGCAUAUGGUAACUCUCAUUGCGUUUUAUAAAGGAAUUGUUGAUGAUGGUGAAGAAGAAAUGCAUUUGGCGGGAACUGUGGAGAUUUCUUUUGAUAAAAAUGGUGCUAAUACUUCUCUUCCUUCGCCUACUCCUCCUAAGGAUAAGCCUUAUAUUUGUAACAUGGCUGUGCAAAAAUCUCUCAGAAGGAGGGGCAUUGGAUGGCAUCUUCUAAAGGCAAGUGAGGAACUGAUUUCUCGGAUGAGUUCAUCAGGAGAUGUUUACUUGCAUUGUAGAAUGAUUGAUGAAGCUCCAUUUAACAUGUAUACAAAAGCUGAUUACAAAAUUGUAACGACAGAUAGUAUUUUAGUCCUGCUGAUGUUGCAGAGACGCAAGCAUUUGAUGUGCAAAAAACUUCCUCUCAUAAGUAUGCCUUCAGAAACAGAUGUGUCAUUUUCUGAUGAGUAAAGGACAUGUAUGUGUGCAGGAUUGCUUAAUGUUUUCAUUGUUUCAGCAAUGGUAGCAAAGAUGAUCCUGGUGGUUUUAAGUUUGACUGGAGAGUGGAGAUUGGUUUCAGGCAUCCUUAUAUAUUUGGUUUUAAGUUUGACUGGAGAAUGGAGAUUGGUUUCAGGCAUCCUUAUAUAUUUCUCUUAUCUUUAGGGAAGAGAUUUGUUGUGUUACAGUACAAGGUUCUGAUCAUUAGGACCCUGGUUUAGAUCUACAGCUCGACGUCCAGUCAAAAGCUCCAGAAGAACAACACCAAAAGCAUAGACGUCACUUUGGAGAGUCAUACGCCAGUAAAAUAAAAGGAAACUGAAAGACUUAUUUGGAAUUGGAUAAAAUUUCAGCUUCAGGCUUCUAAUGCAGAUCAGAUUUUCAAAGUAAAGCCUACAUUUACUAGAUGAGUUGGUGUUGGAUUUGGUAGCUUAAUUUGCAUUAGUAAUUUAUCUAUGUUUGCCUAGCCAAUCACAACAGGUACUAGUUGGUGUUGUAUUGCUGUUGUGAUUGAUUUAGCUCACUAAAUACAUUAUGCAUGACAUGGAAAUAAAAGUUAGGUAUAUUUUGCAUGUAAUGUAAAUGUACCGAUGUAUACUCGGGAUCAAAGUAACCAAAGGUACCGAGCACUCUGGCAGUCACAUGUGUCUCCUGUCCUUCCGGCAUUAACUUGGCAAGCCCAAAAUCAGAUAUCUACAAAAAGACUUAUAGUUCUUACAUAUUAUUGUUAGAAGGAAAUAUUAUAAUAAGUCGUUAGUAGGACUUUAUUUAUACCUUUGCUUCAAAGUUGGCAUCUAAUAGAAUAUUGGUCGAUUUGAAAUCUCUAUGAACAAUAGGAAUUCCAACAUCAGCACUUGAAUGGAGAUAAGCAAGCCCUUUUGCAGCUCCCAGGGCCACAUGUAGUCUUCGAGGCCAAUCCAUGUUUCUUUCUCCAAUUCCUAAAAUUAGUUUUAGAUUAAUAGAGCUUAAUGUAAGAAAUGUUGGUAGUAUUAGUGUUGUGGAUUUUGGGUGAAUUACAAAGUAACAGACCAUUCAAAUGAUCUUGCAGGUUCCCAUUUAUCAUAUAUUCAUAUACUAGGAAUCUAUGCUUUCCGUCAGCACAGUAGCCUAUCAAAGAAACAAGAUUUGGGUGGUUGAGUCUGCUCAAAAUGUCAACUUCGACUCGGAAUUCGCGUUCCCCCUCUGCUUCUUUAAUUGCUGGAAGCUCCAUUUUCUUGAUUGCUACAACCUUCAAAGGGAGACAUAUUGUAUAAGUAUGUAUUCAUUUUUAACACGAUCACAUAUUUUGAACCAUUUUGUAAAAAGUUUGGUGUUUCUGUUUGGAAGCUACAACUGAUGUUAACAAAAUCUUGAAAAUCAUGAUGAAUUUUUGUGGGCUUUAUAAACA